AUGGCUUUCGCUGAGGAAGCAAUCAUAUCUCAUGAGCAAGCAAUACACAUCGCUGCCCUUAGGGUCACAUCAGAUGGGCUUGAUGCCCGAGCGUACUAUACCGGACCUUUGCGAAAUCACUAUUCUCGUCGUCGUGAUUUAUCCACGCUCGCGUUUCUCCAGGUCCCACAGCAACCACGUCACAGUAUUGGUACCUUCGCAGUGAAUCCUUUGCGCAACCAGAUCAAUGACCUCUUCUUCCACCCUCGUAUACUGGCUGAAGCAGCAGUAUAUGACCAAAAGUUUUGGAAGGGUUACUUCUUCGCCAAUGCGCGUUCGAAGAUCAUUCGCUUCCAUCAAGCGUACACAAUUACGCAAGAAGGAUGCUUGUUUAUUGCCAUUGCCAUGCAGUCGUACUGGCCUCUGGAAGAGCUCGAAUCUUAUAUCUACCACCAAGUGCCCGACAGCGGACUAUCCAUCAGCCAGAUUCCAGACAUCUUAGCACUGCAUCCCGAGAACGACUUCGCAUUUGCCGAACCCCAGUCACGUACGGCGAUCGUGAGUGCUCAUCAAGAUCGAGUGCAGCAGUUUGAGGAGGAAGAACAGGAGCGCCUUGGCCAGAUUGAGCGAAGCCUCACAAGCCGCAUCGAUGGCUUUCCCAAUCUGCCACAUUCACGAUAA